AUGUCUUCAGUAUCUUUAUCAAGCGAUACAGUUGCUACAAUGAAAUCAGCAGAAAAAUAUUUAUAUCAAUUCGUUUGCCCGAUGUUAGCCAUUGUUGGUACGAUUAGUUGCAUUGUCAACUUAAUUGUUUUUACUCAAAAAACUCUACGAAAACAUCCAUGCUCAAUCUAUUUUGUUGCAUAUAAUGUAGCUAAGUUUAUGUAUAUUUAUUCUGCAUUAUUAACUGUAACACUAAGCGUAGGAUAUAACAUUAAUGCUAUUGUAGAUAAUCUAAUUAUCUGUCGUCUAUAUCUUUAUGUAAUUAUUUUAUUCAAUUGUUUGAGUCCAUUUUAUUUAAUUUUGGCUUCUGUUGAUAGAAUAUUGGUUACUUCAUCAAAUGCACUUACACGACGACGAAGUACUCGCCGUUUUGCCUAUUUAUGUAUUAUUAUUGGAACAUUAUUUUAG